CUGGAUUUCACCACUCAAACCACUCAAAGCGAAAUUCUUCUGAGGCUUGGCCCUUGAAAUGAAUGCUGCCCUGCCUUUUUAGUACCGCACGCCUCCCGACCUCAUGUCGGGCAUUGUCUUACUCUGAAUGCUUCGCUCUUCACCUGUGCAUCAUCGCAGGGAUGUGCAAAGUUGUAUAAAGAGGCUGCAGGGAGGCCUCCAUUCUCCAGACAAAUAUUCCAUCCCCGUCUAACCACCCUUGUCUACUCAUUCUCACUUAACUCAUUCGUCAUCAUGCGCUUCUCACUCGCCUCACUCGCCCCUCUUGCCGCCCUUGCCGUCCCCGGCCUUUCCGCCACUAUCAACGCCCGCCAGCCGGAAACAGGAAACAACACCAUCCAAGGAAGGGACUACUAUGGUUCUUACGCUCCAUGGAAGCCGUCUUGGACCUGGCCAGGAACGGACAAGCAUUGUCCAACAGACGUUCCAGAGUAUUGUCCUUGCCUAGACGACCCCGUUUGCGGAUUUGAAUGCCCCUCCCAAUGGCCCUACAAUAAGUGCACCUGGGAACCUGUGUUCGUCGACAGGUAUGACUGGAAAGGCUGGAAGCCCGGCAAGCGUGACCCAUUCUCCUGCGGAUAUGUCGACAAGGUGACCUAUGAGAUUGACUGCAAGGACCUUUGCUUGGCCCACGACAAUUGCAACUCUUGCCAAGUCUAUACCCUUGAGGAAGCGGCCGAGCAGUUUAUUUGCGCUCUCUUCGAGGAGAUCGUUGAUAUCACCACCUGGGAGGACGACUGUGAGGAUGAUUGGGUCGACGAUUGGGUGUAUUAUAGCUCAUCGUACUGGAAUGUCUAUUAUCAGGCAACGUGAAGUUUAUAUUGACUCGGCGAUCGGACAUGUACGAUUAUUGGAUUUUCUUGUAGGGCGCU